AUGCUCCAACUAUCUACAUCAUCCAUGUUGGCCAUCUCAGCCCACCUCGCCGUCUCACUACUCACCCGUCCAACUCCCAUCGGUUUUGACCCCUUCCCUCCACCUACCGCAGCCUCUCCCUGCUCCACAUCUAAAGAAAAAGGUUACAACCUUGCUCCUUCCAUAACGGACGAUACACCCCGGAACGCAUCUAGAGUAUUGAAUGCAUGGAAGGUACAAAGUCGAUUCAGGGAAAUGGGGAAGACUAGUUCGGAAGAUACUGGUGAGAGAAGGAAACGAAAGCGAACAGUUCGAUUUGAUUUCACCCAAGAUGACAAAGAAAAGAGUGUGGAGGAGAAGGCGAAGGACGAUCUUGGAAGAUUAUCAGAAGUUGGAGAUGGAGAAAAAGGAAAAAGAGUCAAAUUGUCAGAAGGAGAUAGAGGUGAUGGAGGAGGUGGAGGGGGUGAAGGAGGAAAAGGAAAAGUUCAAAUACCAAAGAUUGGACAUCAUGAGACUUUAGGGGAAUAUAAUAGAAGGAUAGAAAGUUUACUUAGACCGGGUGUUACUCAAGCUAUGAAGAUUGCUCAGAGGAAGGGAGAGGGGGAGGCGGAGACGGAGAGGGGGAGGGGGAGGCAGAGGGAGAGAGAAGAGGCUCCAUCUAAUCAACUCAAACUCAUCUCCAGAUCACUCACCAACAUAUCCACCAAACCUUCCAAAUCUCUCAACUCCAAAAACACCUCAUCAAAAUCUGAUGAAGAAAUAUCAAAUCAUCCAUCCCUUUCUUCUGACCCCAUUCCCGUCAAAGAAUUUCCCAUGGCGGCAAGAAGAAGAUUUAAUGAUAUCGUUCAAGCACCUCCUUCUCUCCCUCGAUUACGACAAAGUUCCAGUAUGAAUUAUCAUGAUUCUGAUACUGGAUCGAACAUGGGUCAGAAGUCGAGACUGUUGAGUUCCGAGACUGGAUCGAACAUGGGGCAGAAGUCGAGACGUCUGCAUUCCGAUACUGGAUCGAACAUCAGACAAAAGAGAGAAUCAGAUUCCGGUAUCUCCUCAAAAGUAUUGAAAUCAACGACGUGGCCGGGGACAGGCAAAGAAAUUCACAAAGUAUAG